AUGGCAGCGGGCGUGCGGGCGGAUGAGCCGCUGGCGGAGCUCAGCCACUACGUGGUGGCGCGGCCCAUCUACAGCGAGGCGGGCUUCCAGGAGGAGAACGAGCGGCUGCCGCCGCCGCCGCCUCCCACGCUCCUUGAGCGGGCGCGGGCGGUCUGCAGCUGUUCAAGAAAAAAGGCCUUCAGGAUCACCAAGUCCUUCCUGCCCAUCCUGGAGUGGCUUCCCAACUACCGGUUGAAGGAGUGGUUGGUCAAUGACAUCAUCUCAGGGGUCAGCACUGGCCUCGUUGCCACCCUGCAAGGUUUGGCAUAUGCUUUACUGGUGGCAGUUCCUGUUGGAUAUGGCCUCUAUUCUGCCUUUUUCCCCAUCCUGACAUACUUUUUCCUGGGAACAUCAAGACACAUAUCAGUUGGUCCAUUCCCUGUAGUCAGUUUGAUGGUGGGAUCAGUUGUAUUGAGCAUGGCCCCUGAUGACAAUUUUCUCAUAGAUGGCAGUAAUGCUACAGGGACUAAUGAUACUGAGAUACUGAUAGACACUGACUCCAGAGAUGCCCAGAGAGUGCUGAUUGCCAGCACCCUCACAUUUCUGGUUGGAAUUUUACAGGUGGCAUUUGGAGUUUUUCAGAUUGGUUUCAUUGUGAGGUACCUCGGAGAUCCACUAGUUGGGGGAUUCACAACUGCAGCUGCUUUUCAAGUGUUCGUAUCACAGUUGAAAAUAGUCUUAAAUGUUUCAACUAAAAACUAUAAUGGUGUCCUUUCCAUAAUAUAUACUCUCGUUGAAACGUUUGAAAACAUUGGUACCACCAACGUUGCAGAUCUUAUUGCUGGACUGCUCACCAUUUUUGUCUGCAUGGUAGUUAAAGAAAUAAACGACCGAUUCAAACACAAGAUUCCUAUACCGAUACCAAUAGAAGUUAUUGUGACAAUAGUAGCCACUGGCAUUUCAUAUGCUGCUGACUUGGAAAAAAAAUAUAAUGCAGGCAUUGUUAAGAACAUUCCAAGAGGAUUUUUGCCUCCUGAAGCUCCAGAUGUCAGCAUGUUUUCCCAGAUGAUAGCAUCCUCCUUUUCUAUUGCUAUUGUUGCUUAUGCUAUUGCGGUUUCUGUGGGGAAAGUAUAUGCAACCAAGUAUGACUAUGCCAUUAAUGGAAACCAGGAGUUUAUUGCCUUUGGGAUCAGCAACAUUUUUUCUGGUGCCUUUUCUUGUUUUGUUGCAACUACUGCUCUUUCACGGACUGCAGUCCAAGAAAGUACUGGUGGAAAGACUCAGGUUGCUGGUAUAAUCUCAGCUGGAAUUGUUUUGAUUGCCAUUGUUGCCCUGGGGAAAUUGCUGGAGCCCUUACAAAAGUCUGUGCUGGCAGCUGUAGUCAUAGCUAACUUGAAAGGGAUGUUCAUGCAAGUGUUUGAUGUUCCCCGCCUGUGGAAACAGAAUAAAGUAGAUGCUAUGAUCUGGGUUUUUACAUGUGUAGCAUCCAUCAUUCUGGGACUUGAUUUGGGAUUACUUGCUGGCCUUUUGUUUGGAUUGCUGACAAUUGUGCUGAGAGUUCAGUUUCCUUCAUGGGGUGGCUUUGGGAACAUUCCUGGCACAGACAUCUACAAGAAGGUCAAGAACUACAAAAGUGCUGUAGAACCAGAGGGUGUGAAGAUCCUCAAGUUUUCAAGUCCAAUUUUUUAUGCUAACAUCGAUGGACUGAAAAGAAGCCUCAAAUCCACAGUGGGAUUUGAUGCAGUCAGGGUGUACAAUAAGAGACUCAAAGCACUGAGGAAGAUACAAAAACUGAUCAAGAAAGGGAAGUUAAAAGCUACUAAGAACGGCAUCAUCAGUGAGCCUGGCAUUAGUAAUGAAGCUUUUGAGACUGAUGAGGAGCCUGAAGACAACGAAGAUCUUAAAGUUCCCACCAAAGAAGUGGAGAUCCAAGUAGACUGGAAUUCAGAACUGCCAGUCAAAGUAAACAUCCCCAAGGUGCCCAUCCACAGCCUCAUUCUUGAUUUUGGAGCAGUAACCUUCUUGGAUAUUGUAGCUGUGAGAUCAAUAAGAACGAUUAUUAGAGAGUUUGAGAGAAUUGAUGUGAGAGUGUACUUCGCUUCAUCUCAAGACAACCUUAUAUCUCAAUUGGAACGAAGUGCCUUCUUUGAUGACAUUGUCAGAAAAGACAUAUUCUUCCUGACUGUCCAUGAUGCUGUGCUCUACAUCCGGAAUCAAAUGGCAUACAAUGACAACCAGGAUCCCAUAUUUGAGAAGAUUUCACUCAUGCAAGAAUCUAAAGAACCUAUAGAAUUCACAGAAACAAUCCGGCCUGCUGAUGAGCUUGAUGUUCAGGAAGAGGCUAUGCGCAGACUUGCAUCAUGAAGAUGGACUGCUGACCGUCUUACUGCAAUAUUUAUGCACCAGUACUAUUCAAGCAUUUUCUGCAAUGAAACCAAUCUUGGCACUUGAAGAAAACAAUGAUUCUUUGUCUGAAUGAUACAGAUCUCUAGAAUUCUCCAAAUUUUAGCUAAUACUAUCUCUGAAGUAUUCUGGACCUUGAUUCAGCAAGCACUUUCCAUGUGACACAUUGGAAAAAAAAAUCAGAAGACUGUUAUGAAACGUAUUCAGUUCUGGGGCUAGUCAGGCAGAAGGUGCAUUGCAUUGGUAUGUCAGUGUGCACAGGAAGAAAAGCUGCUUUGUGCUCCGCCCUCGGAAGUUGAAGAGAAGUUGAAGAUCUUUGGAUCACAGGCCUUCUGCUAUGUAUUUGCACAACGUCUAGUGAGAGGGUGAGAGUCCUAGCCGGCCAAGGUUUGGCCAUUCUAGAAAAUUUGUGCAACCAUCUUGAGAAGCAUACCUGGAUUGUUCUUUCCAGGCAGUUCCUUAAAUUGCUACAGGGUGAUGGAUAGCUGAAAUGGGUGACAGCCACAUGAACAGGAAACUGCACUGAACCACAAAAAAAAAAAAACUUUGAAUACAGUAACCUUCGUUAGCAAAUAUGUUUGGAUAUGGGUUCAUUAGCUCUGUAUUAAGCCCACUGUAGCAAAUCAUGCACCACUAUUAAUGAUUUUCCCUAAAAUGAACUAUAUACAGCAGAUGAUUUUGGCUAUAUAUCUUCCAUCAAGAGAUAGAUUGGGACCCAGACUGAAUCAAUGAAAACCUUAGUUCUCAAGUACUUAAUGGGUUAUUUAAUGGAUGCUACUGAAUGCAAGUAAGAGAGUCAAAAUGUCACCUAGUAUAAAGGUUUUUAACUAUGAAAUAUAGAAGUUUAAGUAGUUUAAUGAAUGAUUCUAUUUUUAUAUAGCAUAUUUUUUUCUUUUAAUAUUCUGCAUCAAACUGCUGCUGUUCUUUUGCAGGACAUGUAUAGACAUUUAACAGUCCAUAAUGCACAAGUGCAAUAAUUUACAGAAGAUAAGGGAGCUGAACUUUAAUCCUUAUUUUAGAACUAUAUAAAAUAGUUAUGCAGUAAAUCAGUGAUCUUAAUUUCAUGAAGAAACAUUUGUUUGAUGGAAAAUGGACUGCUACCUUAAUAUUUUAGCACUAUAUUAUUUUUUAAUGGAAAAACAAACACAAAAAAAACAACAAAUCUUUGCACAAUGAGGGAAUAUAUAAUAGCAGAAGUAUAAGAAAUGUCCAGGUAUAAUGUCCCCUCAGUAUUUAAGCUUCCCAGUUCUUGGCAUUUACGUUGAUAUUUGUUAAGUUCCUUAUUUGAUAACAUCAGAGAACUUUUCCGAUAUCAUACUGCACUGAGAAAAUUUUUGCUGCAAGUAAGGUUAGUGGAAAAUCUCAGGUGAAAAGCUAAGCACUAAGUAUGUUAUUCUGCCCUACAGACCUGAGUGAACUCCAUUAAGAUCUUUUUUAAAAACCUACAAAUUUCAAUCAAUUGGACAAGAUCCUCACAUAGUGGGUAGAGGCAUCAAACUGACAUCUUUAUUCCCUAAUAAAUGCAAAAAACUUCAGUUCUAAUGA